CCAGGAUUGGUUCGAAUAGGCAGUCAAACUUGUUGACUCUUGAGUCCUCGGCUGCUCUUCAUAGACUAACCUUGCCGCGGCGGAGGAGCUGUCCGCUGUCGUUAGUGCUGAAACGUUAAUCGCUGCGAUCCCACGGGGAGGACACAUCUCAGGAAACUGUUUGGGGGUGACUUUAUCUCCAUCGUACGAAUGAGUGUGAUCGUCCACUGACCAGAUCUGAAGUGCCUUUUGUUGGAUUUACUCCGCGUUCCGCUGGACAUCUCCAAAGCGACCUUUGCCACAACUCCUGUGUGAGGGGAAGGGUUUCACUGGCGCAUAAAGGACUCCGUGAAACGCACGAUGGCUUUUCUAGUGAAACAAAUGGUGGGGGGUAAACUGAAAGACCUCAAAGGAGACCUGGGAGUGGACAAACCCGAAGGAGAGAAGUCAGAGGCGGCCGCCAAAGGAAUGACCGAAGAGGAGUUCGAACAGUAUCAGCAGCAGUUGCAGGAGGAAAAGGAGGAGCGAGAGGCCGAUGUUGCACAGAAGAAGGCCGAGCGAGCAACAGUGCGGACUCACUUUCGUGAUAAGUACAGACUCCCAAAGAACGAGCUGGACGCAGAGCAGAUCCAGGCGGCACGAGAUGACGUGGAACUCCCCGAGGAGCUGGCCAAGAUGAUUGCCGAGGACAACCAGGAGGAAGCGCAGAAGUCCUCUGUCCUCGGGCAGCUGUCCAGCAUUCAGAACGUGGACAUGGAUCACCUGAAGAACAAGGCCCAGGCCACAUUAGAGGACCUCAAGAACAACGCUGAGAAGUGUGCUCUCAUGUAAUCACUCUUUUGCUUUCUCCCUCUGUCUCUCUCACUCUCUCUAUCUGACUCUCUCCCUCUGACUUUCAUUCUCUUGCAAUAACUAGAUUAUCUCUAUCUAUCUAUCUAUCUAUCUAUCUAUCUACCUAUCUAUCUAUCUAUCUAUCUAUCUAUCUACCUAUCUA